AUGCUCAAGAUGGAAAAUGGAACCAACAAAGGAGGAAUUUUGGCAGAUGACAUGGGUCUUGGAAAAACAAUUCAAAGUAUUUCAUUGAUUUUAUCCAAUUCUCCAUCCCCAGAAGAUCAUCGACCCACACUGAUCGUCGCACCCGUUUCGCUUCUUCUCCAGUGGCAGCAGGAGCUAGCGGACAGAGUAAAAAAAGGCACUCUCAAGGUAUAUUUAUAUUAUGGAUCCAAACGAAACAAAGAUAUUCGAUUUCUUGAAAAACUUGAUGUGGUUAUUACAUCAUUUCAAGUUCUUGGUUCAGAAUGGCCUGCACCAACAAAAAAAUCCAAGGUUAAUUUUGACAGUCACGGAGAUCUUGCUAGUGAUGACGAGGUACAUGAAGACAAGUGUUUGGACAAGAGUUUGUUUGGACCGCUUUUCAGAUUUAAAUUUCAUAGAGUCAUUUUGGAUGAAGCGCAUUUUAUCAAAAACAAGCGUACUCGUGCUUCUAUAGCUGCAUGUGAACUUCAAAGCCGAUAUCGAUGGUGUUUAACGGGAACUCCUGUUCAAAACAAUAUCAGCGAACUGUACAGCUUAAUUAGAUUUCUUCGUAUUCAACCGUACUGUAAAUGGCCACAAUUUCGCGAAAAGAUCUUUGAACCUUUUAGUCGAGGUCAGCAUUCAAUAGCGAUUCGCAGAUUACAUGCAGUAAUGAAGGCCAUUUGCUUACGCAGAUCAAAAUCGUUUGAGUUGGAUGGUAAACCCAUUAUUCAACUUCCUGAUCGGAAAAUCAUUAUUGAUUCUGUGGAAUUCACUCAACCUGAACGUGAAUUUUACGAGAGCUUGGAGAAAAAACAGCAACUGCGGUUUAAUACAUACUUGCGUGCUGGUACUGCCAUGAAAAACUACACCAGUAUUUUGUUAUUGUUGUUGCGGCUACGUCAGGCAUGUUGCCAUCCAUCGCUACUUAGUCAUGACUUUGAAAAAAUCGACGAUGGUGCUACUGAUGAGGAAAAGCAACAACGGAUAGCAAAUAUCAUUGACACACUUCAACCGAGUAUUGUUGCUCGACUUAAAGAUCAGACGUUUGACGAGUGUCCUAUUUGUUGUGAUGCAUUGCAAACGCCGGUAUUUUCUCCAAAUUGCGGGCAUCUGUUUUGCCAGGAGUGUGUUGUUGUUUACCUUAGCUCUGGAGAAGACGCAUCAACUGUUCACAAUUGUCCAACUUGUCGAGGCGUAAUGACUAUGGAUACUUUGGUACUUUUAAGCUCAUUUCGAGCCAAAUUUUUGCCUGAACAGAAUAGUGGGAAAAUUGACAAAGUUGUGGAUCGAAAAGGAAAAGGACCAGCAUUAGAACAAACUGAUAAAAAUAUUGAAUCGGAGGAGCUAAAUUUGCACAGAUGGAUUUCUAGCACUAAAGUUGAACGAGUCAUAUUUCAUGUCAAAGCUAUACGGAUAUCUCAUCCUGGUGAAAAAACAAUUGUAUUUUCACAGUUUACCAAAAUGUUGGAUCUGAUCGAAACCCCGCUCGGCCAAAACAACAUCAAGUUUACUCGAUAUGAUGGAUCCAUGCAUGCCAAACAGCGUGAUGACUCGAUCAGAAGAUUUCGCGACGAUCCCGAUAUUCUUGUGAUUCUUGUCAGUCUAAAAUGUGGAUCGCUUGGACUCAAUCUUACAUGCGCCAAUCGAGUUAUUCUAACUGAUCUAUGGUGGAAUCCAGCUGUAGAGAAUCAGGCUAUUGAUCGAGCACAUCGAUUUGGCCAGACCAAAGAUGUCAUUGUUCAUCGCAUCAUGAUCAAAAACUCAGUAGAGGAUAGGAUUUUGGAACUUCAACAGAGAAAACAGGAUAUAGCCAAUCAAGCUUUGGGGGAGGGUGAAACAGGUGAAAUUGGAAAUAUGCGAUUAGGACUUGGCGAUCUCAUGCAUCUUUUUGGAGUGGAUGGUUGAGCUUAGAAUAAACCUAUCUAGUGUUUAUAUUUUUG